UACAGUGUAUUCUUUUAGGCUACACUCUUCAAUGGUUCAUCAUGCAAUGGAGUGUUAAUGACAACAUCUCACUAAACUGCAAUAUUUCCGUUCUGAAUAUCAUCCACAUAUUAUUGUAUUUGUAAUUGUAGCAUACGUUUCAACAUGGCGGUUGCCAGCGAGUUAGAAUGGAUACCAGAAACUCUGUACAAUUCAGCAAUAACUGCAGUUGUUUCCACGUAUUCCAGACACAGGCUUGAGCUCCGAUUACUCCCAGAAAACAUACAAUUUGAUGUUUAUUACAAGCUGUACAAGCAAGGAAGGCUUUGCCAACUAGGCAUGGAGUUCUGUGAGUUGGAUGUCUUUGCCAAGGUGCUGCGAGCCAGUGACAAAAGGCAUCUUCUUCACCAUUGUCUACAAGCUCUGAUGGACCAUGGGGUAAAAGUGGCCUCGGUUUUAGCUGAUUCCUAUGCUACACAGGCAACACACCUCAGCAUUGACCAAACUAGCAGUAUGGAAAAGGCCAUUCAACUUGCAAUUUCACUGGGAGGGUUCCUGUCUGAGGCAGGAUGGUACUAUGAGGCAGAGAAGGUGAUAGACUCUUGCUUCAGACUGUGUAGUCUUCAUAAAGAUGAGGCACAUCAACUCAUGGCAUAUGAAUGCUGUACAAUGUUAAUCCAUGUACGAAAUGCCAAAUGUAGAUACGCCCAUGCUGAGGAAUCUUACAUUCAAGCCAAGUGUAUCAUUCAGAGUCUUAAAGAUGAGAAGCAAGUCAACGUUGCUGCCCUACAUGGAGAGAUGUGUGCUCUGCUGUUUGCUAAAAGCCAAUAUGAUCAGGCUUAUAAGCACUGCGUCCUGGCUCUCAAAAAUGUCAACAGCAGUGUGCCAGUCCGAUGUUCAGUUCACAUUCUGCGUCAGGCGGCCAAAGUUUGUGUCGUCAAACGGGAAUUCAAGAAAGCAGAACUCCUUAUUAAACAUGCUAUUUUUCUUGUAAGGGAGAACUUUGGCACGAGACAUCCCAAAUAUUCCGAUAUUCUACUGGACUUUGGCUUUUAUCUCUUGAACAUUGAUUCCAUCUCGCAGUCAACAGUCGUGUACCAGCAAGCAUUAGACAUCAGGUUAUCUGCGUUUGGAGGGCGUAAUCUCCACGUUGCAAUCGCUCAUGAGGAUCUCGCAUACGCCUCCUAUGUCCACCAGUACAGCUCUGGAAAGUUUGAUGAUGCAAGAGAGCAUGCAGAGAAAGCUAUCUCCAUCAUUACACAGAUUCUACCAGAAAAUCAUCUAUUGUUAGCAUCAUCGAGAAGGGUCAAAGCUCUGAUUCUUGAAGAGAUUGCCAUUGACUCCCAUGAUAAAGACACUGAGGCUAAGCUUCUCCAAGAGGCUCAUGAUCUACACCUAUCAUCCCUCAACUUGGCCAAAGCAGCCUUUGGUGAAUUCAAUGUCCAGACGGCAAAACACUACGGAAACCUUGGACGACUCUAUCAGUCAAUGCAGAGAUACAAGGAGGCAGAGGAGAUGCAUAAGAAAGCAAUCACGAUUAAGGAGAGGCUGCUAGGAGAGGAAGAUUAUGAGGUUGCGCUUUCAGUCGGCCAUCUUGCCUCGCUCUAUAACUACGACAUGAAGCUUUACGAUGAAGCAGAGGCACUGUAUUUGAGAUCAAUAGAUAUAGGAAAGAAGCUCUUUGGACCCGGCUACAGUGGCUUAGAGUACGACUAUCGAGGUCUAAUCCGUCUGUACAUCAACACCAACAACUUUGAUAAGAUGAACCAUUACAAUGAAAUACUCAACCGAUGGAACUUCCUUCGAGAGGGCUCAUCGAGUCCAGUCAACAUCGUGGACUACCUCGCUAACUAUCGAAGUGACAUGACGACGGAGGAAGUCAUCCAGAAGUUCUUCCAGCAGGACUGACUGGAUUCGAACCCCGUGUGUUUUAUUUUGGAUGUGAACAGGACAUUGCGAAGUGCGCUACCAUAGCGUGGACUGAAACAUUGAGAUUGAUAAUUCCUCCAAAUACUGCUACUUGUGUUUGUUCCGCCAUGUAGGGACUCGAACCUGAUUCAUAUUUAAGCUAACAAUGUUGACAUCGUGCAUUGUAUCUCAUCCCCUCAUCAAACAUAAGGCACUUUCUGAAUGCCACUAGAUCGUUCUGUGGAUUGUGGAACAGCUCAGUUGUUACAAUACAGAGAUGGGUGAAGUGUAUCAAGUGAGGAUUCGAACCAGCUACAUCUAAAAUUCAAUCUAAGCAGUUUUGAAAACAAUACACCUGACUUUGAAGCCUGUAACAAAAUGUAGACAAAUGGAACCUGAUCUGCACAAAUGCAACAUUAGAGUUUGUCACUUUAUUUAAGAACUGAUGUAAAACGUUAAAGCUGCUCAGACGGGUGAGUAGAGUAUGUUCUUCAUCAGAUGUGACCUUCAAUAUACUUUUUGCUUCAAUUGUGGAUCGAUGUUUAACUCACUUAUGACUUUCAGUAAAUGAAGAUCUUAAAUUAAUCAAAUAAGCUUAGCAGUGAUGACCACAUCAUGAAUAUGCAUCAGAAGGUCUAGACCUUCAUCAAGCCAGUAUGUGAACUUAAUGAGAUGGGGGCCGGACUGUUAAUGCAAUCAGCCCUACUCUGCUGGCAUUGGGGUUGUGAGGUAAAAUAUGAAUAUUCAUCAGAAGGUCUAGCCACUAGAUAUUCAUCAUGCCAGUAUGUGAUUUUAAUGAGACGGGGGCCAGACUGUUAAUGCAACCAGCCCUACUCUGCUGGCAUUGGGGUUGUGAGGUAAAAUAUGAAUAUUCAUCAGAAGGUCUAGCCACUAGACCUUCAUCAUGCCAGUAUGUGAACUUAAUGAGACGGGGGCCAGACUGUUAAUGCAAUCAGCCCUACUCUGCUGGCAUUGGGGUCGUGAGGUAAAAUAUGAAUAUUCAUCAGAAGGUCUAGCCACUAGACCCUUAUCAAGCCAGUAUGUGAACUUAAUGAGACAGGGGGCCAGACUGUUUAUGCAACCAGCCCUACUCUGCUGGCAUUGGGGUCGUGAAGUAGAAUGCCAGGCUUUGUCUCGUCGAGUGAACACACUCGAGUACAAUCAGAUGAGAAAAAUUGUUGUGAGCAAGAAAUGUGUAUCUACUGACACUGACUGAAGAAAGCACAGGCUUUGAAAUUUGCUCUUGAAGGAGCAUGGCAAAUUUCCUCUGGUAACAGACACUCUAUGAGACGGAUCGUAUUGGAACUUUGUAAAGGGCACCACAGCAAAAGCAGAGGGCACCACAGCAAUUGCUGUGGGUGUGUGAGCUAACACGCAUUUCGAGGCCUGUUUUCUGAAGAAGUCAUACAGAAACAGUUAGAGCAGUGUUCACAGAAGAUGUCGCCAUCAGCAGGGACAACAGAAUCACAAACUUAGCUUUCCUACCAGAAUAAAGGCACACCUUUCAUUCAUCAACCUUAAAACUGAAGCCAUUCUGAACAUGCGUGAAUCGUUUCUUGGAUUCAAAGGUUUUGGUGUGAAAAACUAUCCAAUUGAUGGGAAUCCCUUUCUCAAAAUAGUUUAUAUUAUCAACAGCUGCAGAGCUGCUAAACCACGUAUGUUCUUAUGGUCAUUAAGUUUUGGAGUAGUUACCCAUCUAGGACCCGUAAUACCUUUAAAGGCACUGGACACGUUUGGUAAUUGUCAAAGACCAUUUUCUCAUAUGGUGUAUCUCAACAUAUG